AAGAACCGCCGCCCAAAGUUCUCAUCUGCAAUAUAAGGGAUGAGCAGUAACGUUUCUGUGCACUGUGAUAGCGUGGCACAUCUGAACAGAAUCUUCUCGUUGAAUCCAGCAGUCUUGUGACGUCACACCACAUCCAUCAAAAUGAACCCCGCCUUCGCCCUUCUUAUUCUUCUGCCUGCUGCAGCUCUGGGUCUGAACUGCACCGGUGUGCCCGAUGGCAACUACGAGAUCGGCUGCAGAGCCUACUCCACCUGCACAUCAGGAGUAUGGAAGAUUGUCCAGUGUGACAUAGACAUGGCUUACAACAAGGACACUGGAAAGUGUGACGAUGUGAAGAACGUCCCCUCCCCCUGCGGUGUCAAACAAGACUGCACUGGAAAGGCUGACGGCAGGUAUGCUGACCUGAGCUCCGACCCCAAAUGCAACAGCUACUUCACUUGUGCUGACGAAAUCUUCAUGGGAGAGAACCCUUGCCCCGGUGCUCUGGUUUUCAACGAGAAACUCCAGGCUUGUGACUUCAUCAAGGCUGUCGAUCCCCCUUGUGGAACCAAGGGAGGCUCUAGCCAGGUCACCUCUGCCCCCGCCACCGCCGCCCCUGCCACCGCUGCUAACAACGCCCCUGUUGCUACCGACGCCCCUACCGCGGCCGCCCCCUCUGCAUAAGCUACACUUUUAUCACUAUCGCCGGUCCCUCUUCAACUUGUGGAGCGCGGGUACCAUCAGACCCUGACGCUAAACUUGCAAAUCUCUAAAUAAUAAAGUUAUACCUAAAGAC